AUGUCAGGACUGAGGAUAUUAGUGCCCGUCAAGCGGGUCAUUGACUAUGCGGUCAAACCCCGCGUGAACCGCGCCCAAACCGCCGUAGAAACCGCAAACGUCAAGCACUCGAUGAAUCCCUUCGACGAACUCUCCAUCGAAGAAGCCGUCCGCAUGCGCGAAAAGAAGGGCCACCACGCGAAUGCCCCCAACGUAGAAGAGAUCGUCGCCUUCUCCGCCGGCGUCCCCAAAUCCCAAGACAUCCUCCGCACAGCCAUGGCCAUGGGCGCAGACCGAGGCAUACACGUAGUCGUAGAAGAGAAGGACGCUCUAGAACCACUGGGCGUCGCGAAGCUUCUACGGAAAGUAGUAGACGAACAAAAGAGCAAUCUUGUAAUCCUAGGCAAACAAGCCAUCGACGACGACGCCGGCCAAACAGGACAAAUGCUCGCAGGGCUCCUCAACUGGCCGCAAGCAACACAAGCCUCCAAAGUCACAAUCAACGAUCAAACCGUCGAAGUAGUCCAAGAAGUCGACGGUGGUGUGCAAACAAUCAAAGCCAAACUUCCCAUGGUCAUCACCACGGAUCUGCGCCUCAACGAACCCCGAUACGCUAGUUUACCCAACAUCAUGAAGGCGAAGAAGAAGAAGCUGGACAAGAAGAGUCUGAGCGACUAUGGGCUAGACACGGAGAUCAGAUUGAAGACAGUAAAGGUCACCGAGCCACCACCACGGAAGGGUGGUGUCAAGGUUGACGAUGUGGAUGGCAUGAUUAGCAAGUUGAAGGAACUGGGUGCUUUGUAA